ACCAUGUUGGCCAGGCUGGUCUUGAACUUCUGACCUCAGGUGAUCCGCCUGCCUUGGCCUCCCAAAGUGCUGAGAUUACAGGCGUGAGCCACUGCACCUGGCCAGUUCUUUGUUAAUAAAAGCCCAUGUACCUGGAAGUCAAAGGUAUACUUUGCAUUGCCAUUUCAAAACUUGUCUGAGGCAUUUUCUAAAAUGUUUGUCUCAUUGGAUAUAGGUUUUAAUUAUGUUUGCUUGAGAAGACUUAAAUCUUUACCCUUCUCCUGGUAGUUUUCUUCUGGCAGUUCAGUAUUUUGGCAUGCAAUUUUUAUUAGACAAUUUGAUCAUUGUGUUUCUUAUUGCCUAACCCAACAGAUUUAAUCUUUUAAUCUCUGAUACAGCAAGGUGUGCUGUGUAAAUCUUAGUGUUACCUUUACAAUCUGUUUGCAGAGUUUUACAUCAUCUUUUGAAAGAAAGUGUCUAAACACCCCUGUUCAAAAAUCUGCUAGUUCUUGCCAGGAUGAUUUAAGAUGAAUUUUAAAAAUCCAUUAGAUUUUUGGCAAAUAAGCUCUCAAUUAUGGUACGGAAAAAAUGACUACAAAGUGCUUUUUAGAGUAAUGGAAUAUGACUGAAAUUUUAUUACUUUACACAUGCAGAUUUUUCUACUAUGGUAGAUAUUCUUAAACUAAAAGAUCACUGUCAAGAUUAGAAAUUUUUAUCACUUGAAAUAUAUAAUUAUAUUUGAACAAUUAGCAAAAGAUUGGGGAAUGGGGAUAUACAGGCCGGCAGUUUCGUUAACUGUUGCUCCCUGUGUGAAGACCUCAGAGGAAAUUCUAGGUCCAGUGUUUGUCAGAGAGGCUGGAGGAGAAUGUUUCCAUUUUAGUGAUCAAUGAAAAUAAAUUUGCUUACAGUCCAGGGAGAUCGUGGUAGAAGAGAAAAAAAAAAAAAAAACAACUUCAGUAAAUAAUUUUCUAAAAUUCUCUAUUCUAAACAUAUACUAGGAGAGAAUGGUUUUUAAAUACCUCGGUAUUUUAAAGAAAUACAUUUUCUGUAUGAAAUUAAGAUUAUUCCUCUUCUUGUAGCUAACAUUUAGACUCUAAAUCAUGGCACAUGUAACACUUCUAUUUUAAAAUAAAUGUAGGGUACGUGAAAGCACAGUUGUUAACUUUGAAAAUUUUGAAGCGUGGAAUCAACCUGCAAACAUAAUGGAGCUGAAAAUACCAUGCCUUUUCCUAGGUCAUGCUGUUUGCUUAACCUGAGAAAGGAACUGCUGGUGUCAUCCAAGUAUCGGUCAAAAUACGAAGACAGAGAUGUCAAUGACCCCAUGCCCAACCGAGGCGGCAAUGGACUAGCUCCUGGGGAGGACAGAUUCAAACCUGUGGUACCAUGGCCUCAUGUUGAAGGAGUAGAAGUGGACUUAGAGUCUAUUAGAAGAAAAAACAAGGCCAAAAAUGAACAAGAGCACCAUGCUGGAGGAGAUUCCCAGAAAGAUAUCAUGCAGAGGCAGUAUCUCACAUUUAAGCCUCAGACAUUCACCUACCGUGAUCCUGUGCUUCGCCCAGGGAUCCUCGGUAACUUUGAACCCAAAGAACCUGAGCCUCCUGGAGUGGUUGGUGGCCCUGGAGAGAAAGCCAAGCCAUUGGUUUUGGGACCAGAAUUCAAACAUGCAAUUCAAGCCAGCAUUAAAGAGUUUGGAUUUAACAUGGUGGCAAGUGACAUGAUCUCACUGGACCGCAGCGUCAAUGACUUACGCCAAGAAGAAUGCAAGUAUUGGCAUUACGAUGAAAACUUGCUCACUUCAAGCGUUGUCAUUGUCUUCCAUAAUGAAGGAUGGUCAACCCUCAUGAGAACAGUCCACAGUGUAAUUAAAAGGACUCCAAGGAAAUAUUUAGCAGAAAUUGUGUUAAUUGACGAUUUCAGUAAUAAAGAGCACUUAAAAGAAAAACUGGAUGAAUAUAUUAAGCUGUGGAAUGGCCUAGUGAAGGUAUUUCGAAAUGAAAGAAGGGAAGGUUUAAUUCAAGCACGAAGUAUUGGUGCUCAGAAGGCUAAACUUGGACAGGUUUUGAUAUACCUUGAUGCCCACUGUGAGGUGGCAGUUAACUGGUAUGCACCACUUGUAGCUCCCAUAUCUAAGGACAGAACCAUUUGCACUGUGCCGCUUAUAGAUGUCAUAAAUGGCAACACAUAUGAAAUUAUACCCCAAGGGGGCGGUGAUGAAGAUGGGUAUGCCCGAGGAGCAUGGGAUUGGAGUAUGCUCUGGAAACGGGUGCCUCUGACCCCUCAAGAGAAGAGACUGAGAAAGACAAAAACUGAACCAUAUCGGUCCCCAGCCAUGGCUGGGGGAUUAUUUGCCAUUGAACGAGAGUUCUUCUUUGAAUUGGGUCUCUAUGAUCCAGGUCUCCAGAUUUGGGGUGGUGAAAAUUUUGAGAUCUCAUACAAGAUAUGGCAGUGUGGUGGCAAAUUAUUAUUUGUUCCUUGUUCUCGUGUUGGACAUAUUUAUCGUCUUGAGGGCUGGCAAGGAAAUCCUCCGCCCAUUUAUGUUGGGUCUUCUCCAACUCUGAAGAAUUAUGUUAGAGUUGUGGAGGUUUGGUGGGAUGAAUAUAAAGACUACUUCUAUGCUAGUCGUCCUGAAUCACAGGCAUUACCAUAUGGGGAUAUAUCGGAGCUGAAAAAAUUUCGAGAAGAUCACAACUGCAAAAGUUUUAAGUGGUUCAUGGAAGAAAUAGCUUAUGAUAUCACCUCACACUACCCUUUGCCACCCAAAAAUGUUGACUGGGGAGAAAUCAGAGGCUUUGAAACUGCUUACUGCAUUGAUAGCAUGGGAAAAACAAAUGGAGGCUUUGUUGAACUAGGACCCUGCCACAGGAUGGGAGGGAAUCAGCUUUUCAGAAUCAACGAAGCAAAUCAACUCAUGCAGUAUGACCAGUGUUUGACAAAGGGGGCUGAUGGAUCAAAAGUUAUGAUUACACAUUGUAAUCUAAAUGAAUUUAAGGAAUGGCAGUACUUCAAGAACCUGCACAGAUUUACUCAUAUUCCUUCAGGAAAGUGCUUAGAUCGCUCAGAGGUCCUGCAUCAAGUAUUCAUCUCCAAUUGUGACUCCAGUAAAACGACUCAAAAAUGGGAAAUGAAUAACAUCCAUAGUGUUUAGAGAGAAUAAAAGAAACAAAUAACCUACCUACUGACAAGUAAAUUUAUACAGGACUGAAAACCGCCUGAAACCUGCUGCAACUAUUGUUAUUAACUCUGUACAGCUCCAAACCUGGAACCUCCUGAUCAGUUUGAAGGACAUUGAUAAACUGUGAUUUUACAAUAACAUUAUCAUCUGCAGUUACUGUUUACAAGACUGCUUUUACCUUAAACUUUGUAGAUGUUUACAUCUUUUUGUUUUGUUUUAAGAUGAUGUUGGUAAUUUGUGCCUUUAGCUCUGUUUUAUUAGACAGAGUUAAAGCAUGUUGUCUUCUUUGGGAUUACACUCAGGGGUCUGAAAGGCAGUUUGAUUUUUACUUUUAACACACUUGAAAAAAGGUUGGAGUAGCCAGACUUUCAUAUAUAACUUGGUGAUUAUCAACCUGUUGUGUCUUUAUUUAAUUUUACAUCUUUUUGAAGCACUGCCACAGGUUAUUAGCCAAGGUGGCCUUCCUUCACAGUCAUGCUGCUUUUUUGAAAGGUGAAUUUCAACACAUUUAGUGCCUCUUUCAUUUCUCAGUAUAUAUUUCAAGAGCUUGUGAUGAAAUUUGUAGAAUGGUAAUGAUGGACUUGUCACCUGUAUGGGGAAUACUUUUACUACUCAGAAAUGAAUUUAUGUGCUGCCAUUUGCUAUAAAGUUGAAUGUUGUAUGGCUUGAAAAAGAAAUGACAAUAUGGAACAUCCCAAGGCUAUCCCAUAGGGUUGGAAGUUGUGUAGUAUUCACUCCCUUACCUACUGGCAUUCCCAGUGCCCUCUGUCCAUACCUACUUCUAGGAUUGCAAAGGAGUCUUCCAACUAGAGAAAAAUUGUCCACUGACAUUUGGGAUUUACUUUUCUCUAAUACCUGUCACUAUAGAGAACUAUUAUCAGUUGUUAUUGUUAUCCCUUGAAAGGGAGGGUGACAACAACAACACCGCUAUAAACACGUCAAAGGUUCAUUCUGACUGAGGUAAGACUUUCCAAGCCCUUGUUAGAUUAGGCCUUAUAAAACUUGUGUGCAUUAUAACCUAAGCUGUGCAACCUGUGAAGCCAAGAGUGAAUUGAUGUUUCAUUUAUAUUUUCAUCCAAAUGACAUUAUCUGCAUGUUUUUAAAAUUUAAAAACAAAGGACUAUUUAAAAAUACAGUUUAUUAACAAAUGUGAACUACUUUCUGUUAGAUUAGGUGUUCCCUAGUGUUUCUUAAUUUCUUUUUAGGAAGUGUAUUUUUAUUAAUGUUUUUCCAGUGAACAGAAGAUUUAUUUGGAUUUAAAUAUUUACUAAGACAGUCCCUUUUACGAAAACCAAAUAUUGCAAAUGGUCAAUUCAAUUUUAAUUUCUCAAAAGAUACUCUGUUGUUACCCAAAAGAUUAAAAUGCCUACAUUGAGUGCUUUAAAAAAAAAAAAACAAAAAAAAAACUGUGAUGAUGUGAGCAGAAUGGCAAGUAAGUUAAGCAUUUUUGAUCCUGUAAUCAUAGUAUCAUUACAAUGAAAGGAAUUCACAAACUACUGCCAGAGGAAGUUUGUUUUUUAAUUUCAGAGGGAAGUAUAACCUAUGAAUUUGUUUCUUCCAAGCUUAGCUCUUAAAUUUGGAGAGUCAAAGUUAAACGUCCUCAACAGUUUUAUUUAUAAUUUUGAAUUGUCAAUUUGUAUUUUGCUACUGAUCUGUGAUCAGCCAUUUUAACUUUCAUCUCUAGGGAUGUUUAACAUUUAUAAUUGCAAAAUAAAUCAACUAUAAAAAAAAACUUUAAGAGAGAAUUGGUACUUUAAUUACUUGUGUGUUUGCAAAUAGGCUCCAUUUUCCAUGUUGAGUAGAUUAUAACCUUAUUAACUAUGCAUAGGCCUAAGAAAGGUGGCAAUGAACUGUGCAUGUAAAUUUUAAAUGGGUACUUUGUGCAAUUCGUUAAAAGAAGAUACUCUAUGAAUAUGAUUCUAUAUAUUGAAAUCAGAAAACUUACCAAACAAAAACAUCAGAAGCUGCUGCCAUAAUGACUAUUUUCUACUGUAGGCUGCUUUGGAAAUAAUUCCCAUUUCCUUGCUUUGUAAGUUGAUAAUAUCACUAUGCAUUUCUACACAUUUUAUAAAUUUGAUUUAUGCAGAUUUUGAUACACUGUAUGUUUCUGUAGAAAUUGUAUAAAUAUUCAAAAUUUUAUUAGGGUAAAUUUGAGAAACUUAUGUAUAUCUUAAUUCUGGGUUGCUUGUUUUUUAGGUGACAAAAAAUAAAAUAUUGUAUUUUAAUUCA